AUGUUCAGAAACCACUACCAGGGGGGCCGGUUUGUUGAAAUAUUCAGUGCUCAAGGCAAGAACCCAGGAGCAAAAUGGAAGAUUUUUGGCAACCCAUCAGCUAUAUCAAAAGAAUACGACAAAGAACUAAAAGGCUUUGUUUUUGUACUUGAAGGAAACAGUCUAAUCAACAAAAUGAAGCUACCAAGGGAAACCAAACAAACUUUGGGACUGGUGCAGCAAUUUCUGACACUUCAGAUUUUUGUGCCAUUGGGAAAAGACUUCUCCACUGAGUUACUGAUAACUGAUUUUGACAAUAUUAAAAGAAGAUUGUAUUUGUCAACAGUCCACAAGGAGUUGUCUGUAACCCCUCUGCAUGCAAAAAUUCCUCUGUUUAUGAUCAAGCGCAAAAUAUGGUGCAAUAUGUGUAUUGACUUGGUAACGUUUACCUAUAAAAUAUUCAGAGGAGCUCUCUUCCAGUCCUUGGAUGGAAUUACUAUUUCAGCCAACUGUAAGCUAAGAAAGGUCUUCACUUUAAAAUUCAAGCCUCCAGUUACAUCUGAGGAAGAUGGUACAUGCAUUGUUUCACCUGGGCCAUAUGAGGCCUCAGAUGAUAUUCCUCUAACCUGCCAGCUCAAUUCUGAUGUCCCACAAGUUACACAAGUGCUGGAUCUAAAUGAAAUUCACAAGCCAAAAAUAAAAUGUAGGGAAAAUGAGGUGCAAGAAACAGGUAUCUUGGGUAAUAGAGGCCAAGGCAACAUAUGCAAUGGCAAAACUCAGGAUGUGUCACAUAUUGCAUUUGGGUCAAAGAUCCUUGGGCCACCUCCAUCUUCAAACAGAAGAACCAAUGCAAAGGUACCUGGAAAGGUAAAAAAGACCUUGGGUAGCAAAACAUCAUGCCAACUUCAAAAUUCAGGAAUGCCAACUGAAACCAUACCAGAAAAUGAGAGAUUGGAGCUACCACUCUGGCCAUGCAAUGAUACUUUAGAUCAAGGAGGCAAAAGAAGUAGUCUCCAAACAACUGCAAAUGAAUAUCAAAAUGACCCUGAAAUUGAGACUCAGAAAACAUCUGUAAGUGGAGAAGCAGAUUUUCAGCUCACCUCACCACAAGUACCAUCACCAGACAAGGACAGUCAUAUAAGAUUAUCUCUAAAAAAUGCAGCCAAACCCACAUGGGAGAUAACCAGUGAUGAAUGGGUGUUUCCAGAGAGGUUCAGUGAGAAUAAUCAGUUGGAUAGGAAGGAGCACUUUGAAUCUGCUGGAAGUUCAGCCUGCUCUAAUUUACCCUCAGCCCAGAAUGCCUCUGUUGAACAUCCCAACAGGGAAACAGCUGAUAAUCAAAGGAGUAAGAAAGAGGUUUUCACAUUUUCAUCAAAACCUCGGUCAGCUCCUUAUGGAAAGUCUCCCAAUAUAUCACCAAAAAGUUACAUUUUCCCAUUGGAACUGGAGCUACACAGUAAGGGAGAACACGAACAAACCACAACUGAAGAUAGCUUUGAAGGAACUGACAGCAGUGAGGAGGAUGACAACAGUGAACUCAUCCAGAGUGCUGAGAACAUUGAGAACAGCCACAGUAGACAAGGAACAUCUGAUUCAGCAGUUUUUAAAGAGAUCCCAUUAAAUAAGAUGUCACAGGGAAAUGAGUACUGGAAGAAUAAGGAACACAGCAAAUACAACUUCGAAGAGGUCGUCUUAUCAAAACCACAGAGUUCCACCACGAGAAAAACAGAAUCUAUUAGCUUUCAAAGAAGUUUAAAGCCUAUCCUUUCUCUUUCUCCAAUUCAAAGUAAAUCCAAAUCCUUUAGAGUAAUUAGAAAUGUAUCUGAAGAAACUGAAAGAUAUGAAGGAGUUUUAGAUCAAUUCGAAAGAUCUGUCAGUAAAACAUCUCUCAAGAAAGUUUCAAAUGGAAAUUCAUGUCUGACAGCACAGACUUGUGAGUAUGACAGGAAAAAGUUCCAGUCAAAUAGACUGAGUUCAUCUGAACUACAGAUGCUGGCCAGCAUGAAGAGACAACAAAAUGAAGAAUUAUGGGAUGCUGGGAUCUCCCAUGGGCUGAGCGCCACACAGAUCGAUUGCUGCAAUGUCAACCUAAGUAUAAGCAGUGAUGAUGAUACAGCAACCUGGAACUCUUGUUUUCCCCCACCCGUCAGUCAGCAACAUCACUAUCAGAAAGAAAUGAGCCCACUUUCUCAUUCCAGCCCACGGGACUUGUUAAAUGUGUUCAGUCCCCCUGUCAUUCCUGGAAGCCAAAAACUAGAAGAGAGCACUAAAUCUUCAGCAAAACAGAGAACUCCAGGUGAAGAUCACCCCAGUGCUGAAGAAGAUGAGGAAGUUUUGACUCUUUUGUAUGAUCCAUUUCUGAGCUGUUACUUUGACCCGAAUUCUGGGAAAUACUAUGAAUUGGCAUAG